AUGGACUCCAGCAUACCCCUCAGUCAAGAUGUUGACAUGACCCUCACCACCGACGAGAACCAAACACCCGCCGAACCGCCAGCCCGGCUUGCUGCGCGCUUCUACCGCAAGUCGAGCGUUCGCCGCAAGUCCUCCGCCAGUUCCUCCCGUCGCAGCUCUUUGUCUUCCAUCCAUUCCCAUUCCUCCACUCUCUCGAGCCAUGGAGGGCCCAACAGCACUCACAUUGCCCAACAUCUCCGACGAGCCUCCAUCAUCGAGAGCCGGAAAGCCCGUCUGGCAGACCGAGCCGCACAUGCAGAGCAGGUCCGUCGGCGCGCCGCUGCUGCGAAAGCAUCCCAACGGGUGUCUUAUAGCGAAGAAAAGGCUUUGGCAGCGCAGGCGGCGAGAGAGAAGCUGCUUGCAGAGAUCGCCGCCCGAUGUGAGGAAGAGGUCAGGCGCGCCAAAAAGAUUGCCGAAGAAACCAAAGAGAAGAAGGCGGCCGAGCUAGCCAGGCUCAAGGACGAACUGGCCGAGAAGUUUGCCGAGGCGGCGAGGCGCAAGUCCAUGUAUCAACAGGGUCUGAGAAGACACCGGACAACUUCCUUGCCAGCCGUCGAGGAGAAGCGGGUUGCGCCCGCAGUGCUGCAUCGGCCCAACCGGAACUAUGCGGCCAAAAUCAUUCAGCGAGCGUGGCGGAGGUACUACAGCCGCAAAGUGAUGCAGCAAUUCACUGCACUUCAGCUCGACUUGAAUCGUGCUAGCGACCUUUCAUUCGAGGCACUGACACGUUUACUAUCCGAGGAACGUACGUUGGCUGCCACCGCUACGGUCCUGCGGCAUCUCGGCAUCGUUGAAGACCCCAACGAAGAUUCAGGAGCGGUCCGUGUCUUCCUCAGCGCCUACAUCAUUUUGGCCCAUCCCAUGCAAGCUUUCAGCCAUGGCGGCAAUGUGCCUCAAGAACAGGAACUGGUGGCGAAGGCUGGCGCUCUGAUCCGGGCCUUUGAGUCCCACUCGCAGACUUUGGCGGCCUCGACAAGCAAUACCAUAUCGGCGACAAGCAAGGAUGCUCUACUCUUUGCAUUCAACGACUUCACCUCUACAUUCCAUGCCUGGAAGAGUCAGGACUUGGGUGUCCUGAUUGAUAUCAUGGUCAAUUCAUUCGUCAAUCUAGACCUGAUCUUACAGGCAACCAAACACGACCAUGAGGGUCACGUCGCACAAGACUAUUUGGACGCUGUGCGACAAGAACAGGUCAAAUUGCUCGCAAGACUGAAGCGACUCGCCGGUCCCGAACAGGCACUCGCCAAAGUCAGGUCGGCCGUUAGGAAGGCUCGAAAACAACGAGCUGCCGAACAACCACAAAGCAGUGAACAACGGGUGCCGCGCGCAUCGACUCCAGUAAAUGACAGUCUGACCUCAGCUCAAGCGGCUCCCCUGACACCUCCGGCUACUCCACAACCUUACCGAGGGGAAGUGGAGGCCAAGGAAGGCUCGUACGCUGAAAGUCUCGGUCAGAUCAUGACCGUCUUACCCACAAACCGGGAGAUCGCCCAUGAGAUCCUGAUCAACGGUAGCUUCGAGGUGCAACAACGACCAUGGACCGAUUCCCGAAAGGAUUUGAUGGAGUCUCUGCGUUCGAGCAUGCGCGCUAGCAUGCUGGAUGGGAGCACCGAAGUCAUUGCCCGGUGGACGCAUGCCAUGGCCGUGCUGAUUCGUGAAAAGCUGAUGAACCUGGUCAGCAAGCGGCACCCGCUAUAUGACAGGAUUGACGGCUUUCUGGAUCCUGCAUUGAUCGGCCAACAGUGCCGCAACGGCAUGUUCUCGUAUGACACAUUCUUCGAGACCAUGUCAGGACUCAUCGCGCAGAUCUGCUCGCCUGGCCGCGAUGAAAUCGUGAAGGCGUUUGUUGCAAAGACCACCAGCGAUACCAUUGACCGGCUUUUCGAGUUGAUCAACAUCAUCGAUCUCAUGACCUUGGAUCACAUCAACUUUCAAUUCAAAUUGGCGGCUCAAUCUGUUCUCGAGCGAGGCCAUGAACACGAGAUUGCUUCAUUCGAACGAGACCUUCACGACGGAGUACAUGCUCUGGAGCGAACGAAGCAGUGGUGGGCCGAUGCGCGGUCAAACACCACCUCAUCCGGCCAAACCGGCAGGGUCAUCUACGCCAAAGGCUUGACUGAUCUGGUGUUGCGCAACUCGCAUCUCUGGCCACGCGAAGUCCCGGAGACGCUGCAACUCGACUACAUCCGUCUGCUGAAGUUGAGGGCACGCGUCUUCCACAUGAUCGCGACGGCUUCUGUCCUGCUCACCACCAAGAUCCGGCUCCGGCGGAACCGAGAGUCCCUGUGGACCAAGGACGCCGAACGGUUGAUGUCUUUGGAUCUGUUGACCAGCGACGCCCACCGGGUUGUGUCGCUACUGGAAUCGUCGCAUAUGAUGCCCGACUCGACGAAAGAAGGCUUGUUCAAUUUCGUCGGCCGCGUGCUGCCUCCAGCCGUUGUCGCCGCCCGCAACGCCGACACCGCCGAGCAGGACCGGCAAGAUGCGAUGCAGAUGCACAGCCAGUCCGCCUACGAUCCGUGCUCGAUGGACGACGGGAAAAUGGAUACCACGGACGUCUUCACCGAACAGAUUGCCAGCUUCAUGUUGAAGUCGUUGCGCGAACACGUCUUUGCCAGAUUAUCCGCCAGCGGCACGGCCGAGAGAGUGCGCACUGCCACGGGUGCCGCCGAGGCUCUGGCGCGUGUCGGCAUGCCCGAGUUCGUCGAGGAGGUCAAUCGUCUCGUGGAUGAGAUGGAGAGGAUCCGCGCCGUGGAUCUCAAGUCUCAUGGCAAAUGGUACGAUCAGAUCGCCGCUGAGACGUCUUGA